GGCAUUUUGCCCGCUCUGAGGCUCUCCUGACCGGUCAGAGGGAGGUGAGCGCCGGGCCUCAGUGGAGGUGCUGGUGGGGAGAGAUCUGGUCGCCGCGUCACAAACGCAAUUGUGAGGCUCCGUGACUCCGCCCGUGUGACCUGGGCCUUGUCCGGGAUGGGGACCGCGGUGCUCGGCGCCCCCUCCUGGCCCUCCGCUCCCUCACAGCUCAGCACACAGAUUGCCAUGGCGGCGGCCUCGCUGAGGCGCCCGGCUGAGGUUGUUGUGACCUUUGAGGAUGUUGCUGUGUAUUUCUCCAGGACAGAAUGGCGCCUCCUUGAUGAGGCUCAGAGAUGCCUGUACAUCAGUGUGAUGCUGGAGAACUAUACUCUUAUAUCAUCUCUGGGUUGCUGCUGUGGAACAGAGGAGGUGGAGGCAGGCGUUCAAGAGAAUAUAUCUGCAGGAGACUCCAAGGCUAAGAAUAUUAAAUCAGCACUGUCUUCCCAGAAGAGCCACCCCUGUGAGAGUUGUGGGUUCAUCUUGAAAGACAUUUUCCUUUUGGUUGACCAGCAGGGAACACAACGGAACCCAACACUGCUGAAAUGUGGGGCAUGUGCAAAACCAUAUUAUUUCAGUGCACAGAGUUACCAGCAACAGGAGGAACAGAUAACAAAGAAUUGUUUCAUAAGCAGUGUGGAUAGGAUCUCAGUUGCAAAGAGCUGCAAUUUCCAUGUGUCUUGGAAUCCUUGUGCCUCUAGUCAGGUUGAAAAGUGUUUCCUCAUCAGCUCAGGACAUCUUGAGCAACUGGCUGCUCACACCAUGCUGAGGGCAAGUGACAUCUCUAAGUCUGUGAUGACUUUUCAAACUACAAAAUAUGACACCAGAAAAGAAUACAAAAAAGCCAUUGGCUGUGACAACGCACUUGUUGAGGACCAGAGGUUUCUUACAGAAAGACAGUGUGUUUUAUGUUGUGAAUGUGGGAAAUCCUUUACCACUAGCUCUUCCCUCCGUGUUCAUCAGAGAAUUCACACUGGAGAAAGGCCUUAUGAGUGCAGUGAAUGUGGAAAAUCUUUUAACUUUAGCUCUGCCCUACGGUAUCAUCAGAGAGUUCACACUGGAGAAAGGCCUUAUGAGUGUGGUGAAUGUGGGAAAUCUUUUACUGGUAGCUCUGGCCUUCGUAAUCAUCAGAGUGUUCAUACUGGAGAAAGGCCUUAUGAUUGCAGUGAAUGCGGGAAAUCUUUUGCUGGAAGCUCUGGUCUGCGAUAUCAUCAGAGAAUUCAUGCUGGGGAAAGGCCUUAUGAGUGCAAUGAAUGUGGGAAGUCUUUUACUGGUAGCUCUGGACUCCGUAAUCAUCAGAGUGUUCACAAUGGAGAAAAGCCUUAUAAAUGCAGUAAAUGUAAAAAAUCUUUUACCAGGAGCUCUACCCUCCGUCAUCAUCAGAAUGUUCACAAUGGAGAAAGGCCUUAUCAAUGUAGUGAAUGUGGAAAAUCUUUUACCUAUAGCUUUUCACUCCAGUAUCAUCAGAGAGUUCACACUGGUGAAGGGCCUGAUGAGUCCAGUGAAGGUGGUAAAUCUUUCACUGGUAGCUCUGAACUUUGUAAACAUCACAGAGGUCACACUGGAGAAAGGCCUUAUGAGUGCAGUGAAUGUGGAAAAUCUUUUACCAUUAGCUCGUCGCUCCGUUAUCAUUACAGAGUUCACACUGGAGAAAGGCCUUAUAAGUGUGGUGAAUGUGGGAAAUCUUUUACUAGUAGUUCUGCCCUUCGUAAUCAUCAGAGUGUCCACACUGGAGAAAGACCUUAUGAGUGCAGUGUAUGUGAAAAAUCUUUUACCAGGAGCUUUUCCCUUCGUCAUCAUCAGAAAAUUCACACUGGAGAAAGGCCUUAUGAAUGCACUGAAUGUGGAAAAUGUUUUGCCAUUAGCUCGUCCCUCCGUUAUCAUCACAGAGUUCACACUGGAGAAAGGCCUUAUAAGUGCGGUGAAUGUGGGAAAUGUUUUCCCUGCAAAUCUGGCCUCAUUCGUCAUCAGAGAGUUCACACUGGAGAAAGGCCUUAUGAGUGUGGUGAAUGCGGGAAAUGUUUUAAGAAAAAAGAUUACUUUAAUUCUCAUCUGAUUUCACACUGGAGAAAAGCAUUAUGAAUUUGGUGAGUGUAGGAAAUCUUUUACCCAUAGGGGGUUAUCUUCUGUUUUCAUCAGAAAGUUCACACUGGAUUAAGGCCUUUUGUGUGCAGUGAAUGUGAAAAAUCUUUUACCAAUAAUUCUGCCCUCUAUUAUCAUCACAAAGUUCACACUAGAGAAUUGCCUUGUAAGUGUGGUGAGUAUGGAAAAUAUUUUACCUGUUGCUGUGAACUUUGUAAACAUCACAGAGUUCACACUGGAGAAAGUUUGUGUGAGUUCAGUGAAUGUGAGUAAUCUUAUACCAGUAGCUCUGCCCACUGUAAACAGAAUUCACACUUACAAAAGACCUUAUGAGUGCACUGAAUGUGGAAAGUCCUUUACUUGUGGCAUUACCUCCAUUACCAUCAAAGAGUUCACACCAAAGAAAUGUAAAGAGGGCAGUAAAUGGAGCAUUUUAUCUGUAGCAUUAACCUUCAUUGUAAUCAGACUAUAUACCCGAGCAAAGUUUUAUGAACGCAUGGAAUGUGGGAAAUUUUAUUUUACCAGUAACCUUCCUUAUCCUUAGAGAUUUCAUAUAUGAGAAAGGCCUUAUGAGUGCAGUGAACAUGGGAAAUUCUUUUUCUGUAGUAGUCCCCUCUUAUCAGAGAGUUCACCCUGGAGAAUGGUCUUACGCCUGUAGUGAAUGUAAUGUUUUUCUUGUGUCAGUGAUUUCCAUUAGUAUAAGAGUUUAUGGUGCUUCUAGAAAUGCAGUUUAAGUGAUGUAAAUAGGAGAAAUCUUUUAAUGGUAGCCAUUCUCUUCAUUGUUGUUAAAAGAAUUCACAAUCUCUUAGUUCUUAGAACUGAAGAAAAUUGGGAAAUCUUUCAUUUUUAUCCAUUUCCUUUGUUACCUUCUGAGAAGUCACCCAGGAGAAACUUUUUUUUUUUUUUAAUACAUGAAUAUGAGGUGGGGUUUUUUUGCAGGGCAGUAGCACUAGCCUCCAUUAUAUUGGGACAUUUCAAUCUGGUGAAAGGUGUUGAGUACGGGGAGUGUGGGAUAUUCUUUUCAAUCCUUUCUCCUUAUCAUUAGUUUACACAGGAAAUAGAUCUUACAGGGACAUCACAUGUGGGACAUCUUUUGACUCAGUCAUAGACACCUUAAUCAUUUCACACUGGUUGAUGGCUUCAAGCAUGAAGUAAACAUGGGAAAUCCUUAGGCAUUAGUCUGUAUACAUACCCUUUUGACAUGGGAGAGGUCUCAUUGCAUAAAUGUGCAUAAAUGGUUAAAUUUUAGAAAAUGUGCUUUUUUUUUUUUUUUUUUUUUUUUUUUUUUUCAGUGUAAUGGCAUUGAAGCAACUAAGAAAAUGUCUGAGGUUAAAUUUAUGUGUUCACAGUGCAGACAUGCCUCAGAAGUUUAAUGUUUAUAUUUUGAAGUACCUAACAAAGUACUAUCUAAACUAAGUGUGUCUAUGCAUUCAUACUUACAGUGUAUGAGGGUUGCAUUUCCCCACUCUAACAAAAUCUUGAUUUAAUUUUUAUAAUUUUAGCUUUUUUCAUAUGUUCAUUAUGCUCUCUCUGUUGUCUUAGUUGCAUUUCCCUAAGGAUUUAUGAUGAGCAUUUUUGCAGGAGUGUAUAUAUUAGUGACGUGUUUUUAGCAAAAUCUGUACUUACAUAAUCUACUUAUUCUUUUGUUAAAUUGGAUUACUCUCCUUUAACAAAUAGAAUAAAACAAAGAUCAUUGUAAAGUCACCCAUUUUCCACUCCUUAAAUAACAAAUCAUUUUUGUUUUAUGGAGUAACCUUUUUGUAUAAUUGUUUUUAAUAGUGGAAGGUAUACAAAUGACUUGGAUUUUUUCUUUUUUUGCUAUACACUAUGUAGUAUGUACAUAAUAAAUACUUUAAGGACUAAGUUGCAUUAUUAACACUUCAUUGUUUUGUAAAUUCAAACAUUUAGUAAUAUAAUAAAGCCUUGCUUUUUAGUUUUAAGCUGUUUGUGUGGGCUACCAUCUGGGUUUUGUUGGGCUGCCACCGAACAUGAAGGUACACACCUGGUGGUAUGAAGGUGAACAGGUAUUUGUUGAGACUCAGCCCUCCCAGAAGCCAAAGGCAAGAGAAUAGUGAUUGGACUCCCAGUACCUUGGCCAUGCAACCUGGGUUUAAAUGUUAGAUUAUUGACCAUUGUUAUGGUUGCAGGAAAUUGAUACUCUCUUGUGGGCCUCAGGAUUAGCUGUGUAAAAUAGGGCUAAACAGCAACCUUGCCCUAGGUUGGAUGCCAUGGUGGGUUUGGUGUUCCACAAACAAAACGGUUGCACGUUCAAUUCCUGGUCAGAAGACAUGCCUGGAAUUUGAUUUGGACUCAGUCCCUAGUAAGGCGAAUGCAAGAAACAAUGUUUUGUACACUUCAAUAUUUCUCUCCCUCACCUUAGCUCUGAAAAUAAGUGAAUGUAAGUUAAUAAAAUAUUUUUCAAAAAGAACAACCAAAAAAAGUUCAAAGCUAAAAAAAAAAAAAGACAAAAUGCCAUCAUCCCUGAAAGGACAAAACCUACCUUUUAGGCACUCUGAACCAGAGCUAUAUAUCCAUUCCUUGACCUUGUCAGACAGAAUGAGCUUGUUUGUUUGAGUCUCUAUUGUCAGGGCUGGAGAGGUUACAGAACUCAUCCCCCGUUCAGAUAUUUUAGAAACUUAAACAAAAAGCACAUACUAUAUCCCAAUACCUGGACCCUAAACCCAAAUAUAACAGCAAACUGAAGCCUGUAUAAUCUGUUGGAAACCUGUUUUAUAAGUAGCUACAACCAUUCAAAUGCAAAGCUGCCCUUUAUCACCCAAUAAAAAAGCCCCAACCUUUCACCACUAGCACUACCACUCAUGCAUCUAUAGGCCUCUUUUCUCUCUUGGAAAGUGAAUAAAACUUUGCUUUCUGCAUUUUGUCCUGUUUGUGAAUUAUUUCACAGCUGUAGCUGGCCACACAAUCCCAAUUUUGGUACUAUUUUCAAAAGUAGUGGCUAUACCACUAGUUAUCACACUGGUAGGUGCUGUCCACAAGCCAGUGACUCCUGGGACCUGACCCAAGUACUUGUGAAAGUAAAUGGAGCUUCUUAGAUCCACACAGACUCCUCACCAUGGAGGAGGUGGAUUCAGGGCCCCUUGGUCUCAUUGUGAAUCCCUGCUGUGGCAUCCGAGUGACAAUAAAACUCCCCAAAACUUACUUCGCUGACAGUAAAUUAAGGCACUGACUAUGGCUCUUGUAAGAACUAAUAGAGGUAAUGAAACUCACUGAACACUUAACAGGUAUUAAUAUUUCAGGGUUUGCUUUUUGAUCAUUAAUGUGUGUGGGGGUUUUUUUGUACUUAAAUUCUAACCACACCCUAGGAUUAGUAGAUGAUGUUAUAUUUCUGGGGGAAAUAUAAUUGGGAAGAGGAAGGGAGUUUUUCCAGGGUCACAUAGCAGAGGGAGGUCAGAUUGAAGAGCCUAGAUUCAAUCUUGUGAGUCUGGCACUAGAGCUGGGGACAGUCUCUACCACAGCAUAUUAGGCCCUCAGCAGAAGGCAGGAGGACAGCAAAGGCCAGACAAAUGAGAAACUCAUCUAGCUGCUGUUUUCAUUGUUGCAAUUGUCAUUAUAUCUCCAUUUCUCUUAUAUCUCAGAGUAUUUACCAUCUUCCUCACAGUCUUUAUAGGAAUCCUGUCAUUUCCAGUGGUCUUUCCAGGGGAAACUAUUUUGAGCCUUAGCUGCAUUUGUCUACCUCUUUUUUCAGCUUAUCACACAGUUCAGCACUAAUGAGACCCUGGUGAAUCAGAGCCCGGUUUUUCUGCACACUUAUUUUGUGAAUGACAGGAUACUAUCCUCUGUAGUGAAUGUGGUGCUUCAGUUUUAUACUACAAGUGUCCGAUCUACUCUGCAAUAUUGAGGACAUCUGAACAUGUUACCUGGGAUAUAUUCAAAAACGAUGGUGGAGACCUGUAGUAUAUUAUCUGCUUGAUGGAAUGUUCACAUCUUACAGGAAACUCUGUGCCCACUUGAUACUAUACACUGUCAAGUACUGGCUGGGGAAAAACAAUGGUGUUCAUCAUCUGUUCCCUGCAGUCCUAUGUUCAGCAACCACAUCCUGCUUCUAGCCUCCCUGUGUCUGCACCAGCAAUACUUGGGCUGGAAUACGUUGUUCUGAACAUAAACUCUCAUUCCAUUGCCCAGUACAUACUGACCACAAUUAAGAUUCUUAGCUGUGGGCGCCACUAGCCCCCCAUGGCAAAGCCGGGGGGCCAGGGCCAGCUGGCAAGGCCGCUGCCCAUGGCACAGUUCCUCUCCACCUUGCUUGGCUCCCUGCCUGGAACCUGCUGUGGGUAGACAAUAGGUUUCCCAAGAACUUAUUAGCAUAAGCUAGACAGCCUGUUUCCCUGUAGAAGGGUAGGUCAUGCACCGGUGCUUGAUAAACAGGGAAGUUUUGAUAGCACCCUGUGUUCCCCUGUUGUCCCGUGGAGUAGCUUUGCAGAAAGGACAAAGAAACUGGCUUGGGUGCAGCCCCCUCCUGCUUAUUCCCCAUAAUUGUAAUAAAAGCCUUGAAUAAACGGAGUUCGGGGCUCAGCGGGAUGCUGAGACCUCUCCAACCUGA